AUGAUUGCACCAUCCACCUCAAUCUCAGAUCUGAUCCUGGCCAAGGAAAACGUCCACCAUUUGACUUACUUUCCCUUCCACGGCCUCGCUGGUUGCAUCCGUACAGUCCUGGUCCUCUUGGGCGAGCCCUACGAGAACCACACCCUCUCCUUCAGAGAAUGGAUGGCCCAGAAGCCAUUGACGCCCUUUGGACAUAUCCCCAUCCUCCGCGAAGAGACCAAAUGCGGCAAGUCCUUCGAAAUAGCAGAGAUCUCUGCCAUUGAAUUCUUCCUCGCAAAGCGCGCAGGCAACUUGCUUGGAAAGGACUUUUGGGAAGAAUCCCAGAUCAGGAUGUUCCACUCUUCCACCCACGCCCUCAUCACCUUCCUUAUCCACACCGUCGUCCAGUCCCCUCAGUCCGAUCGCGCCGCCUUCUUGGCCAGGUUUAAGAAAACCAAUUUACCGCAGUGGGUCAAGUCCCAUGAGAAGUAUUUGGUGGCUAAUGGGUCCAAUGGACACUAUGUUGGAGACCAGUUGUCGAUUGCGGAUAUCAAGACGGCGUCGGUGGUCGAGCAUUUGAUUAACCUGACCAACGGAGAAGGAGAAACGCCCCUGGUCUCUGAAGAGUUGACCCCUGCCAUCAUGGCCGUGAAGAACAACCUCGAGAAGAACCCUCAAUAUGCAGAAUGGAGAGCUUCGCAGCAGUACCAAGAGUUCACCGGCGGCAACCUUGGCUUCUUUGGUUUCUAA